CAGAUCCCUUGAACUUUGACACUUGUUUGACGUUUAUUAAUAAACAUGACAGGUGUUGUGUCUUGAAGGUUAUCAUCUAAAUUGUGAUUGUCCUGUAAAUUGUUGUUUAAUGGAGUGAUAUUGAGGGAAAAAUGACUCGAGACGUGAAGGUAUUCUUCCACAAAACCGUGCAGCAUCUAGCAAGGUCUUUGGCGGCGAUAAAAAACGCACCAUGGGAAAAGGUGAAAACUUUGUACGCAUUGUGUCCUUCGGAGGUGAAAAAUGGGGUUAUACAGAUAACUUGUCGACAACAGGAUGCUGUCAUUGCUCUGGGGGUGUAUUUUUUGGAGUCGGGGCUACAACACAGGGAAAAAAUAUUACCCUAUCUACUAAGCUUGGCUAAAUUACUGGAAAAGGCGGUAUGGGUUGAUGAAAUGAAAUACAAGGAAUCUGACAGAUUACCGAUGGCCGAGAGGUUUAGUUUUUGCUUGCACACCCUGCUUAGCGACAUAGCAGUCCGUUGCGAGGGCUGCAGGGAUGAAAUCAUAGAUUUGCAGGUCGAUUGUAUGGCAUCGUUGACCAACAGUAUUCUUAAACUUGAAGAUCCUAACAAUAGCAACAGCGCCACGAAACUGUUUGUCUGCAAAACCACUUUGCCGGUUCUGAUUGGCUUGGCGAGGGCGAUGGGCAGGUUCGCCGUGAGCGAGCCGCCUUUGAUUUGCCGAUUGUUUCCGAAGGCAGAGCCGCCUCUGAGUCAGGCGGCUGCGAAAGAUCAAAACGCGUACAAAAGGAGUUUUAGCAACUUCCGGAAUAUUAUACCGAGGAGUUUGUCCGGGAAUUUGGCCACGACAGUGGACGUUUUGGCCAUCACAUCGCAAACCUACGAAACCACCGAAAUAAUUUACAAUUCCUCCACAUUCAAGAGGAGUUCCAUAUGUAGUUCCGGUCAACCACACUACAACCAAACGACGUAUUUUUUUUCCAAAUUCGGCUCGAGUUUCAACCAAUUUCCCCAUCUGAGAAUCAACGACCCCAAAGACAAACAAAAACGAAUCAUAUUCAGCCUGAGCCACCUAUCCACCAUACUAUCGAUGAAUAAAAAGUUACUAACCAAAGACGUGCUAAGCAUGUUGGACGAAACAUCACAAGAAAUUUACUCCACGGGAAAAAUAUUGAUUUUUCCCUACAAAACGUUCUCCGAAACCGUCAAUUUGGUUAUGGUAACCUUGAUGAGAGAAUUACUCCAACCCCAAAAGGAUUUACCUGUGCCGUUUACAAAAGAUGUGCAGGAAUUUGUCAAAGGCUUGUUUCUGAAUGGCCAGACGGAACUGCAGAGCAAAAAUCACGAUGCCAGCGAAAAAGAGGAUCGGGAAAGCAAUUAUGCUCUUGUGAAUAAGUUUAAAAUGAACGUAAUGGCAAACGCUGCCUGCGUGGAUUUGCUCGUGUGGGCGAUAGGGGAUGAAACAGGCGCCGACAGCCUUUGCAGCCGGUUAACCGAAAAGAUAAACUCUAGUCAGGGCUACCGACUCGUCUUGGCCCACAUGCCCCUCCUAAUGGUGUGCCUGGAAGGCUUGGGCAAACUGGCCCAGAAGUUCCCCAACAUAGCCUCGACUUCUAUCUACUGUCUCAGAGAUUUCCUCAUUACUCCCUCGCCGAUUCUGUUAAAGUUGCAUCGACAAACAACCGAUAGAAACAACAAGGAGAACAUCAAAAUCACCGCAGUAGGGAGCGAGUUAAAGGUGGAGACGAACAAAACUGUUUCUUCGACGCAGUCGGCGUUUGAGAGGUUGAGGGACGCGGCAAUCGAAAAUUUGUGCUACGCUCUCGGCGCGGCGCACAGUUCCGAUCCCGACUGCGUGAGGGCGCUGGUGGCCUCGGUAUCCAACAGGUUGUUUACAGCGGAGAAAAACGAUAGUGAAACUACGUUGAUUUCAACGAACAUAGUGAUUAUGUUGGGGCAUGUAGCGGUAUCCAUGAAAGGCACACCCAAAACUACGGAUACGAUACUGCAGUUUUUCCAGCAGAGGUUCUGUAGGGUGCCGUCUGCUUUGGAUACGUUAAUAGUGGAUCAGUUGGGGUGCAUGAUUAUCGCCCAAUGCGAACCACACGUGUAUGAGGUUGUGAUGAAGAUAUUCACCAUGAUUACUGUGGAUAGCGCUAGCGCUGCCUAUAACACGACCAACGAUAAGGCGCAGUAUAGGCACGUUUCGCGGCCUGUGAUAAACGCGCUUGCCAAUAUCGCCAAUAAUAUACAAGGGGAGCAACAAAUGAAUGAGUUGUUGGGGAGAUUGUUAGAGUUGUUUGUUCAGUUGGGCUUGGACGGUAAGAGAGCCUGCGAUAAGUCUCCUGGAGCGUUGAAGGCCUCUAGUUCAGCCGGAAAUCUUGGGGUGUUGAUCCCCGUCAUAGCUGUCCUUCUAAGGCGAUUACCGCCCAUCAAAAACCCAAAACCGCGCAUCCACAAACUCUUCCGAGACUUCUGGCUGUACUGCGUGAUAAUGGGCUUCGCGGCCGCGGAUUCCGGGCUGUGGCCGCAGGAGUGGUACGAGGGAGUUCGGGAGAUCGCCGUCAAGUCGCCGGCGCUGGUGUCGCCCACCUCUAGCCGGUCGGAGAUGAGGGAGCUGCAGUACACUAGCGCGGUGAGGAACGAGAGCGUUUCCAUCACGGAGCUGCAGGAGCUGCGCACGCAGAUCUUGGACUUGCUGAAGCAUCCUGCCGACGUCGCCGCCUACGUCAACAAGCUGUCUUUCGCGCAGUGCACGUUUCUGCUGAGCGUGUACUGGGUGGAGACCUUGAGGGUUCAAUAUUCGGGAGAACCGAGCCUAGUCCCGAUAAUAUCCGACUACCUAAGCGACUCUGCCCUGCAAAAAGACAAAUCGGGCAUGUGGAUAUGCGUAUCGUCGGUCAGCGAGCGCGUUUUCGAGAAGUUCCUCGACGUGAUGAAAAACCGGCCGAAAGACGAAGCGCGCGAGGCCGACCUAGAGCAACACGCUCAAUUUCUGUUGGUGAACUUCAACCACCCCCACAAGGUGAUCCGCAGGGUUUCCGACAAGUUCCUCGUCAGUUUGGUGGAGAAGUUCCCGCACCUGUUCUGGAGCCGCAAGGUUCUGUGGACGAUGCUGGACAUACUCCACGUGCUGUCUUAUUCUUUACAAAUAGACCCGAAUCAGGAAACCCCGUCGCUGAGAAUACCGCAAACCCCGUACUCGAUACAGCUGAUGGACACCUUGGAAGCCAGAGAAAACAUCGUGAAAGAUUGCGCGGAUAACUCCGACCGCAUCAUCAGCGAGGCCAUGAAGUGGGCGCCGCAGUGGACCAGAUCGCACAUACAAGAGUACAUAAACCACAUACCCUCGUCGGGUAUAUGGCAUCACGCCGGUUUAUCGAUGGCGUUGGAGUCCAUACAGAAGUUCGGGCCUCUGAACAAUUACAGCGCACCUUUGAGUACGAGUACGUUGGAGAAACGCCCCAAGUGCGUCAAAAACGACUCCUCCAAGAUCAUGUCCACGUCGGCUAUGAGAUCCAAGUACAUAGGGGUCGUGCAAGGGAUGUUGGAGAAUGACGGCGGUAGAGAAGCGCUAGCCGAAAACAUACUAAAGAAAGUCUGGAAGGCUUGUAAAGAUCGUUCGGACGCUCUACACAGAGACGCUCUAUGGCAAGCCACAGCUCUACUAAUAUCCACCGACGAAUUAAAUCGAAAUAUUCUGCAUUGCAUCGCCUGGUCUCAAGUGGAACUAUUCACCGUGGAGGCCAUGAGAACAGCUGUGGAGUGCUGGCAAUGGCUGAUUACGUCGAAACCCGACCUGGAGAUCAGGUUCCUGCAGGAGAUGGUUUCGGCUUGGGGUUGCACCGUCAACAAGAAGUUGGGGCUGUUUCAGGCCACCGAGACGCCCACUAGUCCUCUGGCGGCGUACGAGGGUUGUCAAUUGGGGCCGGAUCCGCCGUUCGUGCGGCCGCACGCGAUCUGGGUGCAGUUCAUCUGCGAACUCGUCGAAACGAUUAAAUACAGCAGCUACGAAAAAGUUGAGAUGUUGGCCAGUCUGAUCCACAGGUCGUUGGCGAUGUGUGUCGGGCAGGAACCGCCGUGCCAAACCAGGCACGUUUCCGCCGUCGGCGUCAGGUUUAAAUUACUUACUUGCGGUUUGUACUUACUACAAGGAGACAUCCUGCCGAAAAGUCUAGCCAAGAACGUCUUAAGAGAGCGCAUCUAUUGCAGCUGUCUGGACUAUUUUUGCAAGCCUGUCACUUGCCCCAGUCAAAAUACGGUGGAACUCAGGGAAGACAUAACCACUUUGGUGAGAUUUUGGCAGACCCUGCACUCGGAUAAAAAAUACUUGAAGGCGUCAGAUGUUGGAGAUUUAGAUUUAGGUCCAGCAACGCCCCUAUCGAACAUACAAAACAACGAACUGGCUAAACCGGGGGAGUUCAGUCGACCCGGCGCGGGCUGGAUAAAUACGGUACCGCUGUCCACCAGUACUGCAACUUUGAGUAAGAGGAGCACCAAGUCCAAGAGAGUACCAAUGGCGGAUAAUUUUGUGAAGUGUUAUCUGAAGAAGAGGAACUUGAUUUUGGAGUUGCUGGCCGUUGAAAUCGAGUUUCUGAUCGUUUGGCAUAACCCGACCGGUAGGCCGGAGCUGCAAAUACCGGGAGAGGAGAACAUAGCCUCUUGGCGAGCCAAACCGAUAACCGACAAGCACUGGCACGACUACACCAGACUUGCCUGGGACAUAUCGCCAGUACUGGCCGUCUACUUGCCCACAAGGUUCCGAACCAACGAGGCCAUAAUCAACGAGAACAGGCACCAGGUGCAGGCGAACCCUGUUGCCGUCUCUCACAUCCCGGAGGCGUUGCAGUACUUGGCCACGACUGAGGCCAUGCUCAGCGACAGCCCGAAGCUGAACCACAUGCUGACGUGGUCGAGGAUAUCGCCCAUACAGGCGUUGGCGUUCUUCAGCAGGCAGUUUCCGCCGCAUCCGAUAUCGUCGCAGUACGCUGUCAGGGUUUUGAGUUCGUAUCCGGCGGACGCUGUGCUUUUCUACAUACCGCAGCUGGUGCAGGCCCUGAGGCACGAUACUAUGGGAUAUGUUACCGAGUUUAUAAAAUACAUUGCCAAGAAGUCGCAGAUUGUGGCCCACCAGUUGAUAUGGAACAUGAAGACCAACAUGUAUCUGGACGAAGAUAUGCUACUGAAAGACUCAAAUCUGUACGACACGCUGGACGCAUUGUCCACCAGCAUCCUAUCCGAGCUAUCGGGACCCGCGCUGCAGUUCUACGAAAGAGAAUUCGACUUCUUCGGCAAGAUAACGAACAUUUCCGGCGAGAUACGACCGUACCCGAAGGGACCCGAGCGGCGGAAAGCCUGCCUCGAGGCCCUCAGCAAAAUCAAAGUUCAAAAUGGAUGUUAUCUGCCGAGCAAUCCAGAAGCCAUGGUGCUAGAUAUUGACUAUAAAAGCGGCAUUCCCAUGCAAAGCGCUGCCAAAGCUCCUUACUUGGCAAAAUUCAAGGUUGCCAAGUGUGGCAUAAACGAGUUGGAGAGCAUUGCUAUGGCUGUUUCCACUAAUACGUCGAAAGAGCAAAGUUUCGGUCCCGAAUUGUGGCAAGCCGCCAUCUUUAAAGUGGGCGAUGACGUCAGACAGGACAUGCUUGCCCUGCAAGUGAUAGGUAUCUUCAAAAACGUAUUCCAAACUGUCGGUUUGGAACUUUACCUGUUCCCUUAUAGAGUUGUGGCAACAGCGCCUGGGUGUGGGGUGAUCGAAUGCGUCCCGAACGCAAAAUCUCGCGACCAGCUGGGCCGGCAGACCGACAUCGGGAUGUACGAGUACUUCCUGAAGACUUACGGGGACGAGAGCACUAGGGAGUUCCAGCACGCUCGAAGGAACUUCAUCGUCUCGAUGGCGGCGUACAGCGUUGUCGGAUUUCUGCUGCAGAUCAAGGACCGGCACAACGGCAACAUCAUGCUGGACACCGACGGGCACAUCAUCCACAUCGAUUUCGGGUUCAUGUUCGAGUCGUCGCCGGGCGGGAACCUGGGGUUCGAACCGGACAUCAAGCUGACCGACGAGAUGGUCAUGAUUAUGGGCGGGAAGAUGGAGGCGGCGCCGUUUAAGUGGUUUUCGGAGUUGUGCGUGCAAGCAUAUCUGGCAGUAAGGCCCUAUCAAGAAGCCAUAAUCUCCCUGGUGUCCCUGAUGCUGGACACAGGGUUGCCGUGUUUCCGAGGCCAAACCAUCAAGUUGCUGCGCGGUAGGUUCAAUCCGGGCGCCAGCGACAAAGAGGCGGCCAUUUACAUGCUGCAAAUAAUCCGCAACAGCUUCCUCAACUUCCGCACCCGCACCUACGACAUGAUACAGUACUACCAAAACCAAAUUCCCUAUUAAAGUAAGGUCAUCAUUUUUGUUGUUGCGGUUUUGGAUUUUAACGGUUUUGGGCAAGUUAGGUUCUCUCAGGUGGCCAUGUAAUUUGACAGAACAAACUAUUUAUUAAAACUCUUCUAUUUUUAUAUGAAAACAAUGCCGAAAUAUAACAACUAAAAUAUUGGUUUUUGUUUUCCAUUUAUAAUGAUGAGAGAAUCUAAUAUUUUUUAAUUUUAAAAUCUUGAUGGUUUAGCGAGUAAAUAAAUAUAAAAACUCCCAAAGAUGGUUCAGUCAAACGUCAAAAUUUUAGGUUGGUAUUUUUGACGUUUUAAAAUAAAUUACUAUGACUGAACUAUUAACAUUAGUAGAAUGUCGUAGAAAUGUAGACCCAUAAAGUAAUUCCUCUAUUAUCCUGAAUAUUUUUAACUUGCUUAAAAAUUUCAGAUAAUUUCAGUAUUUUGUUAUGAAAAUGGUUAAAGUUUCCUUAAAUUUUCAUCGGUUUUGUCGAUUUUUCCAGUCAAUUUAGUAUUAAAAACAAUCUUUUGUAAAUAUUUAUUUUUAUUUUGUAUUUUGUUAUUUUAAUCUGUAUUUUGCCUUUUACUCCUUGUAUUAUAUUAAUUUUUUUUAAUUGGCCAAACAAAACUUAAAAAGCUUAUUUUAUUAAUAUUUUAUUCAUCACCAGUUGUGUUUUCUAUUUUUCUAUAUUUCUUAAUAAUAAUAAUAAAUUGGUUACCUUAAUAUUUAUUAGUGAUUCCAUUAUUCUUGUUAUUUAUCUUGUAAAUAAGAGUGAUAUGUAUAUUUUAUGAAUUAUUAUUGUUAAAUUCAUCGUUUAAACCAAAUAAAAUAAAAAUACUAUAUUUUAA